AUGUCUUCGUCUUCAUUACAGACCGUGUUGAUAACUGGUGCGAAUAGAGGUAUUGGGAAGGGUAUUGUAACAGUGUAUCUUUCAAAGUCUGAUGUGACGGUCAUUGCGGCAGUUCGAGAUUUGGAGAGCAUUUCAACUAAAGCCCUCUCGUCCCUGCCGAAAGCUAAAAAUAGCUCGCUCAUAACGGUGAAAAUAGACAGCAGUCUAGAACAGGAUGCCAUCGCCGCCGUGAGGACACUAGAAUCAGAGCAUAGUAUCAGCAAAAUCGAUGUUGUUAUUGCAAAUGCUGGCACUUCUGCCUCCCUGGGUCCCGUGGCAAGUAUCACCGCCGAACAAGUGUUGGAUAACAUGACAGUAAAUAGUCUAGGACCUCUGUUUCUCUUCCAAGCCACUCUUCCACUUCUGCAAAAGUCAUCGCAGCCAAAAUUUGUGGUGUUGGGUUCACAAGCCGGCAGUAUUAGUGCCAUGGAGAAAGCUCCAGCCCCAAUGGCGGCGUACGGCUCCUCGAAAGCCAUGGCUCACUACUUCGUCCGUAAAAUCCAUUUCGAGCAUAACGACAUCAUAUCAUUCGCUGUCGAGCCCGGGUAA